AUGAAACAAGAAUUAUUUUUGACCUUUUAUAUUUUUCUACUUUAUUUCCACCCAAUUUUGAGUGUUGACGAAAAACAAGGAGGUUCAGAAACUUUGGAAGCAAGUGUGUCCAAUGCUGAAUCAGUCCAAAUUGAUUCUGCAUCACUUAAAGGAGUGUUUGGUGAAGAGAGUGAAAGCGACAAAGAAGAAGGAUCGGCAAAUAAACAUUCCAGAAAAUCUCUGGUUAAAAGUUUAAGUGAUGGAUCGUUAAGAGAGAGCCCUCAAAGAAAAGAAAUGUUAAAGAGGAAAAGUUUUAAUGCUGAAGAAGGUUCUCAAAAAAUGAUAAAAUUGGAAGAAGAGGAGGAAAACAGACGGAAACGAUUAAAAUUAAAUUUUGAUGAUGAAAGAGAAAAGAAAGAAAAUAGUGAAAUUGAGAGGAAAGGGAAGAGGAUUGUGAAAGAGGAGGAAGAUAGAAUAAAGAAUAUAUUUGGAGCACCAAGUGAAAUUGAAGAGGUGAAGGAUGAAAAAGAUAGAAGUGAAGGGCCUUCAGAGAUUGAAGUAAAGGAUGAAAAUGAUGGAAGAGAAAGCUUCUCCGAAAUUGAGGAGGUGAAGGAUGAACAUAGCAAAGGAGGAAUUUCAGAAAUUGAAGAAGUGAAGGAUGAACAUGGUGGAGGAGGAAGAGUUUCCGAAAUAGAGGAAGUAAGGGAUGAGGAUAGUAGAAGAGGAGGAUUUUCAGAGAUCGAAGAAGGGGAAGAUGGGUUCGAUGGAAAAGGAGGAGGAAUUUCCGAAAUAGAGGAAGUUAGGGAUGAAUAUGGUGGAAGAGGAGGAAGAGUUUCAGAGAUCAAAGAAGAGGAAAAUGAUGUGUAUUAUAGAAGAGGGGGAGGAGGAUUUUCAGAGAUUGAAGAAGUGAAGGAAGAACAUGGCGGAGGAGGAAGAGUUUCAGAAAUUGAAGAGGAAGAGGAGCAUUAUAGAAGAGGAGGAGGAGUUUCCGAAAUUGAAGAAGAGGAAGAUGAAUAUAGCAGAAGAAAAGGAAGAAUUUCGGAAAUUGAAGAGGAAUAUGGAGAAAGAUCCUUUCAAUUUAGGAGAGUACCUGAGAUUGAAGAAUGA